AUUCCUACCCAGGGAUCCACUUCCCGCUGUGUGGAUUUUAACAAGUGUCAGAUUCAAAGCUUUAUGAUUCGUUGAUUAUUGAUUAUCCCCGCCCCAGGAGGAAUUUUUUUUAUCAGCUAUCCGAGCUGCGUGAGGUCGGUCAGAGGGUCAAGGCACGCUCACUUGCAGCAAGAUGAGUUCUGGAUCUGAGCAAAAUCACCAUGAUCACAACCGAAAGAUGACAAAAGAAGAGAUUAUUGAAUUUUUGGUGAUGGCAUUACAAUCAAAUGGUCAAAUAUUGUCUAGCCAAACUAUGGGUGCAGAGCAAGAAAGAAAAAAAUCCACUCGAAUUGGGAAUGUAAAGAAACCCAAGAAGUUGCUCUCUGAGAGAUUUGGAUCUAUCGCUAGAAUGGAGACAGGGCUGAAAAAUCCACAGCAGGAUGAAUGUGGAGCAAGUGUCCAUCCAUUAAACCAGGAGCUCAUUGACUUUGAGAGAGGAACACUGCACAGAAAGUACAACAAUUUAAAAGUAAAUGUGAAAAUUGGAUUUGUGGAUCAAACUCUCUCGGAACCAGAUUUCAAUAACAAGCAAGUUACCUAUCGUCCAGUAUCAGAGGAUGCAGUUCAGAAAAACAGCCAUGGUUCUAUUCCUCUCAAUAAAGAUGUAAAUGUCAUCAAGCCAUAUGAAGAGAGUAUCAGUCUGAUGCAAAAUGCUGUAGGACGAGAGAGCUACAGAGAAAAAAUGAACUCUUUCUCAAGACAAGAUUGUAAUGUUCUAAAUAAAGAGCAGCAGCAAGUUCAUGCACCAAGGUCAUCCUACAAUGAUAUAAAAUGCAAACCAAUUCAAACUAAUAAUAAAAUUGGGAGCUCAGAAGCUAUCAAAAGGCCAUUCUUUUAUGCUGAACAGAACAGUGUUCCUCCAAAGAAGAGAUACACCAUAGAUCAGGAGAUGCAGAAGGAAAGUCAGAAAAUGGUGGACUCUUUUGAUAGAUGCACAGACAAUAAUUUGAUGAACAAUAGAGUCAAUGGUUAUCAUUCUAACAUCCAGCAAGGGGAGUCAACACCAUCAUCCACUUGCUCAGAUCUGAAUAAUUUGAUGCUCUUUGAGGGCAGAACUCUAUUAAAAGGGGGUGUAAAUCCUCGCCACAUCCCAAAGAAUAUUAUUGAGAGGCAUGACAAAGAAUCCCCAACUGAUCCAAGAUUGCUACGGCCAAAUUAUGGAAAAGAAAACCAAAUUGUAGAAUAUAAAGUUCUCAUGUGGCAUAAAGACUGGCUUUUGGACUACACAAGGAUGUUGGUAGAUGAAAGACAGUCACAACUGAAGAAGAGAGAACAAGAGAGAUUAAGUGCAAGCACAAUAAAGGAAAGGGAUGAAAGACGUAAGGAGAAGUUAACAAAAUCAAAAAAUCCUAAUAGUGAAGGGGAACAACAUCCAGAAGUCAAAACUGUAGCAGAUAAAAAAGUUGACUCAAGGUCAUUGGAGGUCAAUAAACAAGGGGUGGAGGAUAGCAACAAUGCCACUCUCAAAGCAGCUGUUUCUCGACUUGUGGAGGAUGUGAGAAUUUCUGGAGCAGUGAGCAAACAGUGUUUUGAAUAUGGGCAUUCUGGAAUAAAAACAGAAAUACCGCCGAAUUUCAAUGAUCCCAGACUAAAGAACAGAUGUCGGCAACAGUCUAACAACACUGAGAGAAUUUAUCAUAAAAGUAGUGAGACAAAAAGAGAACAGUUUCAAAAAACUAAGGGUGAAUACAAAGCAUCAAGAACAUUCAAGGAUAAUGGUGAAGAAAGGCGUCAAACAUCACAGAGGUAUGAUGCAAAACUGAAAGAUGUGAAGAAAAAUUCUCCAAAUGGAGUAAGUGUGUCUCGUGGAAAAACUGGAGCUGUGUUAAGAGAGGACAGUAGGUCUAACUCACCAAAUGUUGACUUGGAGGACAAAGAGUUUAAGGUAUUGCCAAGCACUGCAAUGCACUCUACCUACUACAAUAGAAACUUGUCCCCAAUUUACCAGGAAAGAGAACAUUACAACAGCUACAGGAAGCCUCUGCCAAAAGCGUAUCAAGUCAGUAAUAACUGGAAUUCUAAAGGGAAAGAUAGAUGCUUGGACAGGUUUCCUCAAUUCUCCCAGCAGAAUUGGUACUGAAGGACAGACAAUUUCUUAAGCAAUGAAAGACAAUAAGAGCAUUUUAUAUAUUAUAUUUUUUGAGAUCUUUGAUCAAGAAAUCCAAAUAUUUUUAGAUUUGUUCUAUUUCAACAGAUCAUGUUUAUGUAUGUUCAAGGUAAAUGUGUAUUUAUUGCAAAAGAACCAUUUGUGUAAACAUACAUAUAUGUAAAGAAUUGUGACCUUUCUUUUGCUUGAAAUGGGGAAACAAGACAGCAUAGUUAUUCUGCCUAUCAUGUAGUAAGGGAUGCACAAAUUUACUUUUUGACUUUAGGAGUGGUUCAUUCAAAAAUACAAACAAACAAAAGCUAAAAUGAAAAUAUUUUUUGGUUAUCAGUAAACUGAACCUGUGUAUAAUUAAAUCUCUGAAGGAAAAGAUCAUAACACGAAAAUUACAUAAAAUUAGUACUGGAUUAAUAAUGCCAAAAGAAGUUCAUUUUAAGAUUACAUAUGAUUUUAGUUUCGUAGAUCUCUAAGGUGGAUAGGUUAUUUUUUCUUUUAAAUUUAAAUAUUCUGUUACAAAUAUUUUUAAUGAUAAAUAUUUAUCCUAUUUAAAAUUUCUCAUCAUUAAUACAAAUACCAACUUGGCAAAAAACAACCAAAAAAAAAAAAACAACACAAAUAUUGGUUUAAAAAAAAGGGUCAUUACAAUUCUUGUUUUUGCUAUUUUUGUGAGAUAUUGUACCGUAAAUAAUGUGUGUUCAUUUUUGUUGCUUAAAAUUAAAAAAAGCUUAAUUUUACAUGUACUCUUAGGUAAAUAUCCUGAACAACUUGACAAACUUUUGAUCUUAACAUAAUGAAUAUGCAAAGUUACUGGUGAGAAUAUUUGUGAAGCAUUGUGAAGAGUAAAAUACAUGUAUAUCAUCAGUGUAUAUAUUGAUUUAUAGCAAAAUUUAAUUUUGUCUCUGCAAGGUCUUAGGUCAUAUUUCUGGAUGUUGAUAAAGCAGGCUUUGUUUUAGAAGCUUUAUUGUGUCACCCUAGAUAUGGAGUUUAUGUAUGCUAGUUUUAAAGUUUUUAUUGUACCACAGGGAAG